AUGGCUUUCCUCUGGAUCCUCUCCUGCUUCUGCUUUGCCGGCGCCGCCUACGGUCAGACAGCUUGUGGGACUCCUGCCAUCCCCCCUGACAUCACUGGUUACUCCUACAUCGUGAACGGCGAGGAGGCGCGGCCUCACUCCUGGCCCUGGCAGGUGUCCCUGCAGACCACUAAUGGCUUCCACUUCUGUGGAGGUUCCCUCAUCAAUGAGAGCUGGGUGGUGACUGCUGCUCACUGCAACUUCAGGACGAGGUCCCAUCUUGUGGUUCUUGGAGAACACGACCGCUCCUCCACUGCCGAGGACGUCCAGGUGAAGAGGGUCAGCAGGGUGUUCAGGCAUCCCAACUACAGCCGUAGCACCAUAAACAACGACAUCACGCUCCUCAAGCUGUCCAGCCCUGCCCAGAUAGAAAGGCAUGUGUCCUCUGUGUGUGUGGCCGAGACCGCAGAUAACUUCGCUCCAGGAACAUCGUGCAUAACCACAGGCUGGGGACUGACCAGAGGCAAUGCUCGUCAAACCCCCGUCCUGCUGCAGCAGACCGCCGUCCCCCUAGUGAGCACUCCGCAGUGUCGCAGGGUCUUCGGCAGUAUAAUCACUCCCAUGAUGAUCUGUGCUGGAGGAGCCGGAUCCUCGGUCUGUUCGGGCGACUCCGGCGGUCCUCUGGUCUGUCUGAAGGACAACGCCUGGACUCUGGUCGGUAUUGCAUCCUUCGUAGCGGGAAGUCGGGAUCCCAACAACAUCUGUAACCCCAACACUCCCGCCGUGUACGCCCGCGUCACAGCACUGCGCACCUUUAUAGACCAGACCAUCGCCAACAACUGAGCCACAAUCUGAAACACAACAUUCAUUCUCAUCCAACUGAAAAAAACAGCUUUUACAUGAUGCUCUCUGAAUGAGUUUAGCUUAGCAUAAACACUGGAGGCAGGGCAGACGCAGGCUAGCUUAGCUUAAUAUAAAGACUGGAGGCAGGGCAGAAGCAGGCUAGCUUAGCUUACCAUAAAGACACCUCUACAGUUCAUUAACGUCACCAGGAA